GUUAAACACAAUAUUGUCAUUUUUGUUUUCUUCAUUUGGGAUUUGUUUUUGUUUUUGUUUUAGCUUGGAUUUGCCUUCACAUACAGACUGUAGGUUUAGUUUGUCCUUAGUUUUGGAAAGGACAGCCUUUACUAAGAAAUUAGAGCUUCUUUAUUAAGUGAAAACAGAGUCAGGAUUUGGUAAUACAACUGCUGGGGCUUUUAGGAUAGUAUCCAGUAAUUCUAGGGAGGUGGCUGUGUUUACCUUCCCUCCCUUCCCAACUUCUACAACAACUCCACCUGCUCCCCUUCCCCAAAUAGUUUUUGCCACAGCAUUUUUAAUAGCAGUGCUUUUGCUUUUGUUUGGUAGGCCAAAGGGCAAUGCAGAAUUAUCAUGCCUCUGCAAUGGAAAUAGAGCCAAAUUUUGCUCACACGUAGACAGCCAAAGACAUACUCUAGAAACAGAAAGCCAGACAGGUAUGAGCCAAAUUAACAUGCUUUCAAAUGUUGUUUGAAUGAAGGUCUGGGCUGUGGAGAAAUAAGAAUCAGACAUUUGGUCCUUUGUUUUCUUGGGUUAUUAUAAGUGUUCUUUUCCAUAACUACUGAAUAAUCUGAAGGCCUUUCCGGAGAUAAAUAGUGUUUUCCAAAUGAGGCAGUUCUUUUCAGAAAUUUAUGAGGAACAAACUGAGUUCUGUUCACUUUUGUUAGGCAAACAAUUUACAUUUUAUUAUGAAAAUGAAGUCUGCAAACAAGAUUACUUUAUUAAAUCACCACCUUCUCAGCUGUUCUUCUCUGUGACCUCUUGGAAAAAGCGGUUUUUUAUCCUGUCAAAGAGUGGGGAAAAGAGCUUUAGUCUUUCCUAUUAUAAAGACCAUAUUCAGCGAGGUGCCAUUGAAAUUGAUCAAAAUUCGAGUGUAGAAGUUGGCAUAAGUAGCCAGGAAAAGAUGCAAUCUGUGCAGAAGAUGUUUAAAUGCCACCCUGAAGAGGUCAUGUCCAUCAGAACCACUAACAGGGAAUAUUUCCUCAUUGGCUAUGACAGGGAGAAGAUUAAAGACUGGGUCUCCAUCAUGUCAUCAUUAUGCCGGGAUAUAAAAGCAACACAUCAGAACACAGAGGAGGAACUCUCACCGGGUAAUAAAAGAACUCUCUUCUACCCCAGCCUUCUCCUUGGCCCUUCCAGCACAUCAGAGCCUAUUGGCUCCAGCUCGCCAAGAAACGGUCUCCAAGAUGUGCAUUUAAUGGAAAAAAGUUCUCCAGGACUUAGGCAAGCUCAUCUGCAAGAUUUGUCAUCAGAAACCACUCAAGAUACGGAGGAAGAGAGUCAUUAUCUUACUCCUCGAAGUGUUCUUUUAGAGUUGGAUAAUGUCAUUGCUUCCAGUGAUUCUGGUGAAUGCAUUGAAACUGAUGGUCCAGACCAGGUCUCUGGAAGAAUCGAGGGUCAUUAUAUGUCAAUGAAAUCCUGUUUUUUCAAAGAGACACCCCGUGAGUCUGUGGAUAGCAGCAAAGAGGAACCCCAGACCCUUCCAGAGACCCAGGAUGGGAGCCUCCACCUGCAAGAACAAGGCUCAGGGGUUGAUUCGUGUCUUCCCCCUGCCAAUACUGAAGCACAGAACACAAAUGACAAAAAGGGGUCGGCCUCACUAACUAUUGUGCAAUUGUCUAUACUCAUCAAUAACAUCCCUGAUGAAAGCCAAGUGGAGGAACUGAACAUUUUCCUUUCUCCUCCUGAUGUCAUAAACUAUCUUGCUCUCACUGAAGCCGCAGGACGGAUAUGUGUGGCUCAGUGGGAAGGCCCCCCACGUCUGGGAUGCAUAUUUUGCCACGGAGAUCAUCUUUUGGCGGUGAAUGGCCUGAAGCCCCAGAGCCUGGAGGAGGUCUCCUUGUUUCUCGCCCGGUCCAUCCAGAAGGAGAAAAUAAAGCUUACUAUCGGCAGGAUCCCAAAUUCAGAGAAAUUCCAUGCUGCAUCCUGUACGUGUUCCUUAAAAUGCCAAAGUGCUGCACCUUCUCAACUGGAUAAGCCUGGAGUGGCGAGGGCACCAAAGAGGAGUCCCGCCAUUAAAAAGAACCAGCAGAAAGGAGCCGGGGAGUAACACACCCCAGAGUGGCAGAACAGGAUGGAGCCGGGACUGUCUGACUCCACCACGCACUGCUGCCUGUAAUAGGAGAUGGUCUGCACGCCCCUCUGAAUUUCUGCAUCUGCAUCUUAACCAUGGGGGUGACUACCCCUCUCUGGCUAUUGCAUCAGAGAUGUUGAGAGGGUCACAUGGAUGACUGGAGAACCCAAGUGCAAUGGAAGCCCUUAUUAUCUCAGCUAUUGUCCCAGACACCACAGACACAGAUUGGAUCAGUCCUUCAUGUAAUACAUCCUGCGUUCUGUGAGGAUGUGGUCCACAUAAUUCCUUCUUUGUUAAGGGAUAUACAGUUCCCAAGGCAAGAUUCCCAAGAGAGAUGUGAUACCUGAUCAGACUUCCCAAACACCUGCCUCUCAUCAACCCCACAGGCCAGAGUGCUGAGACAGAGUGGCCUUUUGGAUUCAAUAAGUAUCUCUUGUUCUCAUAAAGACUUAGCAACUAUUUUAGAGUCAUAGCAGUUUGGGUCAUAUGCAGCCAAUAUCAGCUUGCUCUAUAAGCAAUAACAGAGCUACUUAGCACUUCAAGGUUGAAAGUUCUUUCUUAAUAAUGGAUGCAUUGAUUAAUUGAUCCUGGAAGGGCAAAGGAAUAAAAUCUUUUUUUUUUUUUUUUUUUUUUUUUUUUUUUUGAGAUGGAGUCUCACUC